CACUUUUGGCUUGCUGAACAGCUAAAGCGGUGAAAAUAUAAUAAGAGGGCAUCAGGGGGGAGCGGUAAAAACUAAACAAUUAUAAGAAAACAAAGUUUGAUAAGAAAUGGCUGAAAGUAGCAGAUAUGUGCAACUAGGAGGAAGUGUGGAGGAUGGAGAAAUGGAGAAAAAGGGUAAAAGUGAGAAACGACGACCAAAAGAACCAUGGAAAGGAGAAUUCGUGAGGAGUAUUGUGUUCGCCGGCCUUGAUGCCAUUGUCACUUCUUUCUCCCUCAUUUCUUCCAUCUCCGCCGGCCGCCUUUCUUCUGGUGAUGUUCUGGUGUUGGGGUUUGCUAAUCUGGUGGCUGAUGGAAUAUCAAUGGGGUUUGGGGAUUUUGUGUCCACCAGCACGGAGAGAGACGUAGUUGCGAAGGAGAAAAUAGUGGCUGAAUGGGAUGUGAUGCAUACCCCAAUAGCUUUGCAGCAGGAAUUGCUUCAACAUUAUCAAGCACUUGGAAUGGAACUCAAUGAUGCCACUACAGUGGUGACCAUAUUUGCCAAGUACAUGGACAUAUUGGUGGCAGAGAAAAUGGCAGCCAAGAAAGGAUUAUCCUCACCCCUGGAAAAGGGAAAGAAGCCUGCUAAGCCGUGGAAGAACGGCCUGAUUACAUUCGCGGCUUUUGUUGUAUUCGGGUGUGCGCCCAUCCUCGCAUUCAUCAUUCUCAUCCCCUUCACCCAGAACGUAACACACAAGUUCAUGGCGGCCUGUGCGCUCUCGGCGCUUGCCCUUACACUGCUUGGCAUUGCCAAGGCCAAGAUUGCCAGCCAGAGUUACACUGUUUCAGUAGCUAUAACACUCUCCAAUGGUGCCAUUGCUGGUGCAUCUGCUUAUGCCAUUGGGUGGACGCUUAGGAAUGUCGCUGGCUUGGAAGAUUGA